AUGGGGAGAUUGUGUCCCACCUACUUUGGACAUGCUAUUAGAAGAGACAGGCUCCUGGGGAAAGACAUUCCGCUAGGAGUGUUUUCUAAAAUAAGCCCUUUGCAGUUCUCCUUGCUUCUGAUACUUCUCUCAGUGCUCGAAGAUGUGCUCGACCAUCACAAGCAGAAUGGUUACCAUUAUCCUUUCUGUGCUCCUUUAUUAAUAUUUGUGCUCACCUCCCAUGUUCAGUAUGCCAUUAAUAAUGCCUCUGGCUGCUUUUUUACCAUCAACAAGGAAAAUUACACUGAGCUGAACACUGUGAACCUCCACAUCACAGAAGACCCUGGCGAGUACUUGUGUAAUGCCACCAACUCCAUUGGCUUCGACUCCGUGGUCACCAUCCUCAGAGUACGAAGCCACCUGGCCCCGCUCUGGCCUUUCUUGGGCAUCCUGGCCGAAAUCAUCACCCUUGUGGUGAUCACCAUUGUGUAUGAGAAGAGGAAGCGGCCCGACGAGGUUCCUGACGACAAUGAACCAGCUGGGCCGAUGAAAACCAACUCCACCAACAAUCACCAAGAUAAAAACUUGCGCCAGAGAAACACAAAUUAG